AUGUGUCUUGAUUUGAUAUUUUGGUUUGUUCGUAUAUUAAAUUUAUUUGCUGCUUUUCAAAAAUUAGGACCAAAAUUAAUUAUGAUUUUCAAUACGAUGAAGGAUCUAUUCUUUUUUGUUUGUUUUAUUCUUAUAUUUUUAUUAGCAUUUUCAAUAGCAUCGUGGUCAUUGAUUACUACACAUGAUCAAGUUGAUUGGUAUUAUAAUAGUAAUGGAUCCUUGUUUAAUGUGACAGUAUCAGGUCAAGGGAGUAAUUUAUGGACAUGGUACAUAAUACGUCAUGUGAUAAAUUAUGGUGUUUGGAAAAUUUUUGGACAAGUCGAGUCAUUCAGUCAAGAUCGCAUAGAUGCAUAUUCUAAUGUAGCUUUUAUAUUGGAUAUACUAUUCGUUGCUAUUGCUAAUGUACUUCUUCUUAGUGUACUUGUGGCUUUAUUCAAUGUGACAAUACAAUAUGUUGAAGAGCAAUCUAAUCAAAUAUGGGGUUAUCAACGUUAUUUACUUGUUACCGAAUAUAGUGUUAAAUCUCCAUUACCACCACCAUUUCAUACUGUUCCUAAUCUAUAUCAUAUUGUUCGAUCCGUUUUACCACCCGAUGAAGAUGCUCAACCAUUCAAAAAUAAUUCUAUUUAUACAAAUGCAAUUGCUUCACUUUCUAUUCAAUUGGCUCAUAAUGUUAGUUGCAUUACUAAUAAAACGAUACCUUCGAAAUGGUUGGAUAUUGCGUAUAAUCUAUAUUUUCCUUUCGAUAAUUCAACUAAAACUUAUCUCGAAUAUGAAGAUUUUGAUUUAAAGCAUACUACUAUUAAACAAGCCGAUGUUGUUCUUUUUGGACUUCCAUUGAUGUGGCCAAUGAAUGAUGAAGUAAGACAAAAUGAUUUAUUAGCUUAUGAACCUUUAACACAUGCUGAUGGAGCAGCUAUGACUUGGUCAAUUUAUUCAAUUGGAUUUACUGAAUUAGGUGAUCUCGAUAAAGCUGAUCAACUUUUUCGACGUUCGUACGAAAGUUAUGCACGACCUCCAUUUAAUACUGAAACUCAAUCAGGUGUUGGUGCAGUUAAUUUUAUAACUGGUGUUGGAGAUUUUUUACAAGCUGUUCUUUUCGGUUAUGGUGGCAUUCGCCUAAAAUUAAGUGAACUUGAAUUUAAGCCUCAUGGUCAUCUACCAGGUCAAGCAACUAAAUUGAUCUUUCAUGGUAUUAAAUAUCAGGGAUUUGUUCUUGAUUUGACUAUUGAUAAUAAGAUCUAUGAAAUUUUUGUCAGUUCUCAGAAUAAUAAUAAUUCCAUUUCUCUUAUAUAUGAACAUGAAGAUCAUCAUGGCUUGCUCGAAGUAAAUGACCGUCUCUCAUUUUCUAUAGACACACAUCUUAUUAUUCGUCAAUCAGUCGCUCUUUGUCCUUGA